AUGCUCGCUCUUUCAGCGGUGUGUGUCUCUGUGACCGUUGUCGUUGGCCUCGUGGCCAUUGCACUGCAAAUGGACCUGGACAGGCCUUUCUUAGCACCACUGGUCUCAACACUUGUUCCGCUGGGAGUGAAGAGGAACUCGAAGAAGCCAAUUGUCGGCGACCGCACGUUGGUCACAGACCUUGAACAGCUCGUUGUCGUGAUGACUGGUACAGGUACACCGGUUGCAGACCCUGAUCGUGCAGCACAGGGUAUAUCGGUCUUUGCAAGCGGAGAGUAUUUGCUUUUCGACACAGGCCCGGGUGUGGCAGAGAACAUGGCUGCACAGGGCAUGCCGAGGGGUGCUCUGACCCAUGUCUUCUUCACCCACUACCACUCCGACCACAUUGGCGAUUUCGGUGAAGUGAUGACCACGUCCUGGGUUUUUGGAAGGACUCAAACCUUGCAAACCCAUGGACCGGAAGGCUUGAAAAGGGUUGUGGGUGGAUUUGCUCAAGCCUACGGUCCUGACAUGGUCUACCGUCGAGCACACCACACUGCAGCACUGAUGCCCACCGAUAAUUGGAUGCCGAGCAUGAACGAGUUCACCCUACCGGACGCUGAUAUGAACAUGACAUCAUCUGAUCCGGCACCCCUGUUUGAUGUGUACUCGAAAGGGGACUUGAAGGUCCAGGCAUUUCGUGCACAUCAUGAGCCGGUAAUUCCCGCGGUGGGCUACAAGGUGUCAUACAAAGGCCGCUCGGUGGUUAUUGGAGGUGACUCCGUCAUGACCAAAGGACACAAGGAUGCUUGCCGGGACGUGGAUGUUUGCAUUCUUGAUGCGAUCCACCACAAGGUCAUCGAAGUGACAGCGGAGACAUUUCAAAACAUGGAGCUGCCAGAGGACCAAGGAGCUUCUCAGUACGCUCGCGUCUCGAAGAUGCUCCUGGACACUAUCGACUACCACUCGGCACCAUGGGACCUUGUUGAGUUGGCAAAGGAAUCGAGGCCAUCUCUGGUAAUUCCCAUACACAUGGUACCUUCACCCACCAAUCCACUCAUGAAGCGGCUGUUGACAACCUACUACCGGGAACCGAUCGAGAGGCUGCCAGGCAAGCGCAACACUGAAAUCAAGUUUGGUGAAGAUGGCAUGGCAUUUGUUUUGCCGGUAAACAGCCAAGAGAUCCAGGAAAAGCGAUAUUGA